GCAGUCGAGCGAAACCAGUCCAGUGACGAGGACGAAGUGACUCCGAGGUCUCUCUUUCUCUCAGCACCUUCUUCUGCCGCUUCCUCCUGUCUAUAACAACGUCGAUUCCUGCUUCUAUACAUCCUAUACACGCGGAGACAAUGAGGCGCUUCGUUACGGGGCUUUUUGUCGCGCUGGCGCUGAUCGGUAGCGCCGUACAGGCACAGCAGCAAGCGGCUUCGUCCUUCCGCUGUCCCGAGCCCAAGGGUUUCUUCCCCGACCCGGAGCAGUGCGACCUGUACUACGCCUGCAUCGACGGACAGGCCGAGGAGAGGCUCUGCAAGGACGGCCUCGUCUUCAGGGACGACAACCCCAAGAAGGAGUUCUGCGAUAUUCCCGCCAACGUCGAGUGCGGCGACAGGACUCUUCUGCAGGAGCCGCAGCCGACCAAGGACUGUCCACGUGCCAACGGCUACUUCAAGCACGAGGACCCCCUGAAUUGCGACAAGUUCGUCAACUGCAUCGACGGCGUCGCUUCGGUGAUGCCCUGCCCUCCCGGCCUGGUCUACGAGGAGAAAAAGUCCUCGUGCGUGUGGGCGGCCGACGCGACGAGGACGUGCUCGGACACGAACCGGGAGACCCUCGACGACGGAUUCAGCUGUCCCAUUGGUGACGUGAUCGGCCCUCAGGGUCGCGUCCUUCCACAUCCGACCUACCCUCACCCCGACGACUGCGCCAAGUUCUACAUCUGCCGGAACGGUAUGGUGCCGCAGAAGGGACAGUGCGAGGAGGGCCUGGUCUACAACGAGGACUCGUUCAGGUGUACCGAAGCCGACCUCGUGCCUGGAUGCGAGGACUACUACAAAGGCAAAAACAACUGAGAGGGGGCAGUGACAUGGGAAGCGAACGAAACGUUCGAUUCGAAUUUACGAUAUCAUACGAGGAGAUCACGACGACGUGAUAUGUGCCAGGCGCAGAUACGAUGCGUUGACUUGGCGCUUGCGAACGAGCCGACUAUUAAUUUUACUCUUAUCCUUAUAUUACUUAUUACUAUUAUUGUGUAACGAGUCGUGAACAUCGAUGAGAUUAUGACGCUGUACAACCCUUAUAUUGAAAUCGACCGCAGAUGAUCAUUGACCUUGCCAGACUUUUUCUUCUACUUUUUUUUUUUAUUAAAAUGUAACUAUAUUUAAAGGUGUAAUUUAUUAUCUUAACGAAUCUUUACUAUUAUGUAAUGUAAUACUCCGAAAUCACGCAGACUGUUCGUAUUUAACUGAGUUUAGAAUAAAUAAAUUUUCUACAUAGUGUGUUUGU